AUGUGGGCCGUGCUCCCUGCCUUCAUCUUCCCCCUGCCGACCUCGCUUCUGGCCCCUGCCAUGGCGGCCAUCUCCUUGGCGUCCCAGGCGUACGGCGGCAUCAAUGAGGCACUCGGAAAUCACGUGUACUCCAAGUUCUCGGAAGCCGGCCAGCCGGUCGCCCACAUGGUACCCAGCAAGCACGGGAUGGUGGCGGCGUACUCGCCGGCGCUUGCGGUGGCGGUGGCGCCCUUCGCGUUCCCCGCGGCGAGGGAGGCGCCCGGCGUCGCCCUGUUGGCGUCGAUCCUGGGCCUCCACUUCUUUAAGAGGCUCCUCGAGGUACUCACACUCCCAGAACGCCGGCCCUCUACUUCCUCGGAUUUCUGGGCUUUCCUGUUCCCGAUACCGAUCGGUUCUCCCAUUCUGCAGAGCCCGUUACUCCACCGAUACAGUGGUCGCAUGGCCCUCGAAUCCGCUACCGCGAUCUCGCUCAGCUAUCUCGCCAGAACCGCGUUCAUCGUCUAUACCCAGUACCUCACGAUGGGCACGGCGCCGCCGCCGGUAGACCUGAAGCCCACCGGCGUCGCCCUCUUCGUGGUGGGGAUCUGCGGCAACCUGUACCAUCAUGUCCUCCUCUGCAGGCUCAGGAAGAAGGGGGAGGGCUUGUACAAGAUCCCCCGGGGGGGGCUCUUCGGGCUCGUGACUUGCCCUCACUACCUGUUCGAGAUCAUGGUUUUCGCCGGCAUCGCCUGCGCCUCCCAGACGGUCUACUCCUUCUGUGUCAUGGCGAGCACCGCCUUCUAUCUCAUGGGGAGGAGCUGGGCAACCAGGAAGUGGUAUCUCUCCGAGGAGGGUCAAGGCCCUCGUACCUUAUGUCUUCUAGAUGGAGGAGAGAAACCUCCCUUGUUAUCCAAUAAAAUUACAACUUUUCUUGUGGCCCUUAACGUCACUUCAUUAACGAAUAAAUCAUUAUCUCUCUCAGCCUAUCUACUUAACGAAUUACCAACGAAUCUCUCUCUCUCUCUCUCUCGUUGUUUGUCUGUCUAUCUGUCUCUAUUUUUGUCUCGUUAUGGAAUUGUUUGUGAAUCUCUCUAG